UUUGUAAUUGCUGCCAUGGGAAGAUACUUGACUAUGAUGUUGCUGCUGAUGCUGCUGGUGCAGCAUUUUGGAAACUGUGAAGGAAAUCCAAGGCUACAUCAUGCUCCACCAAUGCAAUUUACGCAAGUACAAUAUAAUGCCACUGUGUAUGAGAAUUCUGCAGCCAAGACUUAUGUUGGGCAUCCAGUGAAAAUGGGCAUUUAUAUUACAAAUCCAUUAUGGGACCUGAGAUACAAGAUUAUUUCUGGUGACAAUGAGAACUUAUUCAAAGCUGAAGAAUAUGUUCUUGGAAACUUUUGCUUUUUGCGAAUACGGACCAAGGGAGGAAACACAGCUAUCCUUAACAGAGAGGUAAAAGACCAUUAUAUGCUGACUGUUAAAGCAGUUGAAAAAAAUACAAAUGCUGAAACACGCACGAAGGUCAGGAUACAGGUACUGGAUACAAAUGACUUGCGGCCUUUGUUUUCUCCAACGUCUUACAGUGUUUCUUUGCCUGAAAACACAGCAAUAAGGACCAGCAUCGCAAGAGUCAGUGCAACAGAUGCAGAUAUAGGAACAAAUGGAGAGUUCUACUAUAGCUUUAAAGAAAGAACGGAUGUGUUUGCUAUACAUCCAACUAGUGGAGUGGUAGUUCUAACUGGUAGACUUGACUACUCGGAUACUAAGCGAUAUGAGAUGGAAAUUCUUGCAGUGGACCGUGGGCUGAAGUUGUAUGGCAGCAGUGGCAUAAGCAGUAUGGCGAAACUAACUGUUCAUGUAGAGCAAGCAAAUGAAUAUGCCCCCAUUAUUACAGCUGUUACAUUGACUCCAUCAGAAUUGGACAAAGAUCCAACUUAUGCAAUUGUAACUGUAGAGGACAAUGAUCAGGGUUCAAAUGGGGAAAUAGCAUCAUUAAAUAUUGUUGCAGGUGAUCCACUUCAACAGUUCAAAACAGUGAGGUCUGUUCCAGGAGGUAAAGAAUACAAAAUAAAAGCCAUUGGUCACAUUGAUUGGGAGAGCCACCCAUUUGGAUACAACCUUACCCUUCAAGCUAAAGAUAAAGGAAAUCCCCCCCAGUUUUCUUCUGUAAAAGUUGUUCAUGUAACAUCGCCACAAUUUAAGUCUGGUCCUGUCAGAUUUGAAAAAGAAAUGUAUAGAGCUGAAAUAAGUGAAUUUGCCCCUCCAAACACACCUGUGAUAAUGGUGAAAGCUCUGCCUAAUUACCCACACUUAAAAUACAUAUUUAAAAAUACACCUGGCAAAGUAAAAUUCAACUUAAACACUCACACUGGUCUUAUUACCACUUUAGAACCCAUAAAAGCACAAUAUGCAUCCCAUUUUGAACUUGAAGUUGUGACGAGUGACAGACGAGCUUCUGCAAAAGUAUUAAUUAAGGUACUAGGCAUGAACAGCAAUCCUCCUGAAUUUACUCAGACAUCCUAUAAAGCCUCCUUUGAUGAGAAUGUGCCAAUAGGUACAAGUGUCAUGAGAGUAAGUGCAAAAGACCCUGAUGAAGGGGAGAAUGGUUAUGUGACCUAUAGCAUUGCAAACCUAAAUCCUUUGCCAUUUGUGAUUAACCAUUUCAGUGGGAUUAUUAGUACCUCAGAAGACUUGGAUUAUGAAUUGAUGCCAAGGGUUUACAAUUUAAGGAUUCGAGCUUCUGAUUGGGGUAUACCAUAUCGUCGAGAAGUUGAAGUUCCUGUUACUAUUAUUUUAAAUAACCUCAAUGACAAUAUACCUCUGUUUGAGAAAAUAAAUUGUGAGGGAACAAUACCCAGGGAUCUUGGUGUUGGAGAACAAAUAACAACUGUGUCUGCUAUUGACGCUGAUGAGCUCCAGUUGGUGAGAUACCAAAUUGAAUCUGGAAAUGAACUAGAUUUAUUUAGCCUAAAUCCAAAUUCUGGAGUACUUUCACUCAAACAGUCACUAAUAGAUGGCCUAGGUGCUAAAAUGUCUUUUCACAGUUUGAAAAUUACAGCUACAGAUGGAGAAAACUUUGCAAAACCACUGUAUAUCAACAUAACUGUAGCUACUAGUCGCAAACCCAUCAACUUGCAAUGUGAAGAAACUGGUGUUGCCAAAAUGCUUGCAGAAAAACUCUUACAAGCAAAUAAAUUGCACAGUCGUGGGGAAACUGAGGAUGUUUUCUCUGACACACACUCUUUGAAUCUGCAUGCACCUCAGUUUAGAAGUACUCUCCCCAGUAGUGUUGAGAUAAGAGAAGACCAACCUGUGGGCUCCAGCAUAAUACUUAUGGAUGCUACUGAUCUUGAUACUGGCUUCAAUGGAAAACUAGUGUAUGUUAUCUCUGGAGGUAAUGACGAUAGUAGUUUCAUUGUUGAUAUGGAAAGAGGAAUGCUGAAAAUCUUGUCUCCCCUUGACCGAGAAGUAAAAGAUAAAUAUACUUUAAAUAUUACUGUCUAUGAUCUUGGAAUACCACAGAAGUCUGCCUGGCACCUUUUAGAUAUAAAAAUUUUGGAUGCUAAUGACAACCCACCAGAGUUCCUGCAAAGCAGCUAUUUUGUUGAAGUGAGUGAAAACAAAGAGCCAAACAGUGAAGUAAUUCAAAUUGAAGCUACUGACAAAGAUUUGGGGGCUAAUGGAGAAGUGAAAUAUUCUCUUCUUACAGACACAGACAAGUUUACCAUUAAUGCUGUGACAGGAAUUGUGAAAGUUGUAGGAGUUCUGGAUCGUGAAGAACAGCACGUCUAUUUCUUGAAAAUAGAGGCUAGGGACCAACCUACUGAAGAACCUCAAUUAUUUUCAACAGUUAUUUUGAAAGUAUCUGUAGAAGAUGUUAAUGACAAUCCUCCUAAGUUUAUUCCUUCAAAUUAUCAUGUGAAAAUUCGAGAAGAUCUUCCUGAGGGAACUAUUAUUACGUGGCUAGAAGCCUAUGAUCCUGAUUUAGGCCAGUCAAGUCAAGUACGAUACAGUCUUUUGGACAGUGGAGAUGGCACCUUUGAUGUUGACAAACUAAGUGGAGCAGUACGUAUUGUACAAAGACUGGAUUAUGAAAAGAAACAACUUUAUAACUUGACUGUGCGGGCCAAGGACAAAGGAAAACCCAUUUCAUUGUCCUCUACGUGUUAUGUUGAGGUUGAGGUAGUUGAUGUGAAUGAAAACUUGCACCCUCCACGGUUCUCUAUAUUUGCAGAUAAAGGUUUUAUAAAAGAAGAUGCCCCUGUUGGCUCCUCAGUAAUGACAGUAUCUGCUUAUGAUGAAGAUACAGGACGAGAUGGGGAGAUUAGAUAUUCCAUCAGAGAUGGAUCUGGUAUAGGAGUUUUUCGAAUAGAUGAAGAAAAAGGUAUUAUUGAGACUGCAGAUCACCUGGAUCGUGAGACUAAUUCACAUUACUGGUUAACUGUUUAUGCAACAGACCAAGGCAUUGUGCCUUUAUCAUCUUUCAUUGAAGUCUACAUAGAAGUUGGGGAUGUUAAUGAUAAUGCUCCUCAGACCACAGAACCAGUUUAUUACCCGGAGGUCAUGGAAAACUCACCUAAAGAUGUAUCCGUCAUUCAGAUUGAGGCAUUUGAUCCAGAUUCUAGCUCAAGUGAAAAAUUAACCUACAAGAUUACAAGUGGCAAUCCACAGGGAUUCUUUUCAAUAAACCCCAAAACUGGUCUAAUUACAACCACAUCUAGAAAACUAGAUCGAGAGCAGCAGGGAGAGCACAUACUGGAGGUAACGGUAACAGACAAUGGUAUACCUGCAAAAUCAUCAGUUGCACGGGUGAUUGUGAAGGUCUUAGAUGAGAAUGACAACAAGCCUCAGUUCUUGCAAAAGUUCUACAAAAUCCAGCUUCCAGAGCGUGGUAAGCCGGAACGAGAGAGAACUGCUAGGAGAGAGCCGAUCUAUCGAGUUAUUGCUGCAGAUAAAGAUGAAGGCCCCAAUGCAGAGAUCUCUUACAGCAUUGAAGAUGGUGAUGAACAUGGCAAAUUCUUUAUAGAACCGAAAACUGGAGUGGUUUCAUCAAAGAAGUUUUCUGCAGCAAAGGACUAUGAUAUCCUCUCAAUUAAAGCUGUAGAUAAUGGUCGUCCACAAAAAUCAUCAACUACACGUCUUCACAUAGAAUGGAUUCCAAAGCCUGUCCCACCCACAGAGCCCAUUUAUUUUGAGGAAGCAUUUUUUUCUUUUACGGUGAUGGAAAGUGACCCAGUUGCUCACAUGAUUGGCGUAAUAGCUGUUGAACCUCUUGGAACCCAGAUUUGGUUUGACAUAACGGGAGACAAGCUUGCUAGUGAAGUAUUUUACAUCUUUCAGAUGGCUUGUGACCUGAACUGUACAGCAGAAGGUGGCAACUAUGACAGUCGAUUUGAUGUGGACAAGGGCACUGGAACUAUCAUUGUCGCUAGACCUCUUGAUGCAGAACAGAAAUCAAAUUACAACUUGACGGUAGAAGCAACAGAUGGAACAAGAUCUAUCAGCACUCAGGUGUACAUCAAAGUUAUAGACACAAAUAAUCACAGGCCUCAGUUUUCUGCUUCAAAAUAUGAGGUUGUUAUACCUGAAGACACCAUACCGGAGACAGAAAUUCUGCAAGUCAGUGCCACAGACAGAGAUGAGAAGAACAAACUGAUUUAUACUAUGCAGGGCAGCACUGAUCCCAUCAGUCUUAAAAAAUUUCGUCUGGACCCUGGAACUGGCUCUCUCUAUACUUCAGAAAAAUUGGAUCAUGAGACCAUGAACCAGCAUAUUCUCACAGUAAUGGUUCGAGAUCAAGAUGUUCCUGUAAAGCGCAACUAUGCUAGAAUCAUCAUUAAUGUUAGUGACACAAAUGAUCAUGCUCCAUGGUUCACCAGCUCUUCCUAUGAAGGACGGGUGUAUGAGUCAGCAGCUGUUGGAUCAGCAGUACUCCAGGUUACAGCAUUAGAUAAGGACAAAGGAAAAAAUGCAGAAAUUGUGUACUCUAUUGAAUCAGGGAAUAUUGGAAAUUCCUUCUUUAUAGAUCCCAUUUUGGGUAUAAUUAAAAUUGCAAAGGAAUUAGAUCGUAGUAACCAGGAAGAAUACAACCUGAUGGUAAAAGCUACAGAUAAAGGAGAUCCUCCAAUGAAUGAAGUGACCUCUGUGCAUAUAUUUGUUACGGUUUCUGAUAAUGCCUCGCCAAAAUUCACAGCCAAAGAAUACUCUACAGAAAUCAGUGAAAGUGCCAGCAUUGGCAGUUUUGUUGGAAUGGUUACAGCAUACAGUCAGUCUUCUGUAGUUUAUGAAAUAAAAGAUGGUAAUAUAGGUGAUGCCUUCGCUAUCAACCCAAACUCGGGUGUCAUCGUUUCUCAGAAGAUACUUGAUUUUGAAACUUUGCCUUUUUACACUUUAACUGUGCAAGGAACAAACAUGGCUGGCUUGUCCACUAAUGCAACCGUUUUGGUACAUCUUCGGGAUGAGAAUGACAAUGCUCCAAUUUUUAUGCAGGUUGAAUAUACAGGACUCAUCAGUGAAUCAGCUUCAAUUAACAGCGUGGUUCUGACUGACAAGAAUAUCCCAUUAGUAAUUCGAGCUACAGAUGCCGAUAAAGAGUCUAAUGCUCUUCUUGUUUAUCAAAUUGUUGAACCAUCUGUCCGCAAGUAUUUUGCCAUUGAUUCUAGCACUGGUGCCAUUCGGACAGUAAUGAGUCUGGACUACGAGGAGACAAAUAUUUUCCACUUUUCAGUGCAAGUACAUGAUACAGGGAUACCACGUUUAUAUGCAGAAUAUGCAGCUAAUGUUACUAUUUAUGUAAUUGACAUCAAUGAUUGCCCUCCUGUGUUUUCAAGAGAGUUGUAUGAGACAACCAUUUUGGUUCCAACCUAUAAAGGCGUGAAAGUCAUCAGCGUAAAUGCUACCGAUGCUGAUUCAGGCAUUUUUUCGCAAUUAAUUUAUUCCAUUAUUGAAGGCAACAUUGGAGAAAAAUUUUCAAUAAACCCUAAGACUGGAGAUAUAACAGUACAAAAUACAACUCAGUUAAGAAGCAGAUAUGAAUUAACAGUGAGAGCAUCUGAUGGCAGAUUUGCAAGCACUGCAUCUGUAAAAAUUAAUGUGAAAGAAAGCAAAGCAAGCCAGCUGAAGUUCACACAGAGUUCUUACUCUGCAACAGUGCAGGAGAAUUCCACAGAGGCAAAAACAAUAGCUGUUGUUACUGCUGUAGGGAAUCAAAUAAAUGAGCCUUUGUUUUACCAUAUUCUAAAUCCAGACAGCAGAUUUAAAGUAAGCCCAACUUCAGGAGUCCUUUCAACAACAGGAAUACCAUUUGAUCGUGAACAGCAAGAAUCUUUUGAUGUGGUCAUAGAAGUGACAGAGGAAUAUAAACCAUCAGUUGUUGCACACAUUGUAGUUAAAGUCACAGUGGAAGACGUAAAUGAUAAUGCUCCAUUUUUUGUCAAUCUUCCAUAUUACGCUGUCGUUAAAGUAGACUCUGAAGUAGGCCAUGUUAUUCGACGUGUCACUGCAGUAGAUAAAGAUACAGGCAGAAAUGGAGAGGUGCAUUACUAUCUCAAAGAACACCAUGAACAUUUCCAAAUCGAUCCCACUGGUGAAAUCUCACUGAAGAAGAAGUUUGAACCAGACACGCUAAAUAAGGAGUAUCUGGUCACCGUGGUGGCAAAAGAUGGAGGAGACCCUGCUUUUUCUGCUGAAGUUGUAGUCCCCAUUACGGUUAUGAGUAAAGCUAUGCCAGUUUUUGAAAAGCCUUUCUACAGUGCAGAGAUACCCGAAAACAUUCAGCUCCAUAGUCCUGUGGUACAUGUACAAGCAAACAGCCCAGAAGGACUUAAGGUGUUUUACAGCAUCACAGAUGGAGACCCUUUCAAUCAGUUCACUAUCAACUUCAACACUGGAGUUGUAAAUGUUGUUGCCCCUCUUGACUUUGAGUCCCACCCAGCCUACAAACUGAGUAUUCGAGCAACAGACUCCUUAACUGGGGCUCAUGCUGAUGUGUUUGUAGACAUAAUAGUGGAAGACAUCAAUGAUAAUCCUCCUGUGUUUACAGAGCAGUCUUACACCGCAACCCUUUCUGAGGCGUCUGUCAUUGGAACAUCUGUUGUACAUGUGAGCGCUACAGACGCCGAUUCUGGAACAAACAGGGGGAUUUCCUAUCAGUUGAUUGAGGAUAAUAGCGAAAGUCAUGACUACUUCCACGUAGACAGCAGCACUGGACUCAUUCUUACAGCAAGAACUUUGGACUAUGAACAGAUUAAACAACACAGGUUACUAAUAAGGGCCAUAGAUGGUGGCAUGCUGCCCUUGAGUAGUGAUACUCUUGUAAUUGUUGAUGUAACUGAUAUCAAUGAUAACCCCCCUCUCUUUAACCAAUUGCUUUAUGAAGCUAAAAUUAGUGAACUGGCUCCCCGAGGGCAUUUUGUGACAUGUGUGCAAGCCUCAGAUGCAGAUAGUUCAGAUGUUGACAAGCUGGAGUACUCCAUUCUGACAGGCAAUGACCAAAAGAAUUUUGUAAUUAAUAGUAAAACUGGCAUUAUCACCAUCUCAAACCUACGCAGACAGUCCCUAAAGUCACAUUAUAAUCUUAACGUGUCUGUUUCUGAUGGGGUCUUCAGAAGCUCAGCCCAAGUCCAUAUAACUGUAACUAGUGCCAAUAUGCACAGUCCUGUUUUCAGCCAGAAUGAAUAUGAGGUUGAACUAGCUGAAAAUGCUCCGUUGAAUACUCUGGUGACUGAAGUUAAAGCAACAGAUGAAGAUUCUGGUACUUAUGGCCACAUCACUUACCACAUUGUGAAUGACUUUGCCCAAGACAGAUUUUAUACAAAUGAGAGAGGGCAGAUAUUCACCUCCAAAAAGCUUGACCGUGAAACACAAGCAGAAAAAGUAAUUGCCAUUAGUUUAAUGGCCAAAGAUUCAGGAGGAAAAGUUGCUUUCUGUACUGUUAAUGUCAUACUUACAGAUGACAAUGAUAAUGCUCCUCAAUUCCGAGCAACAGAGUAUGAAGUAAAUAUUGGAUCUGAUGUUCCACGGGGUACUUCUGUCAUUAAAGUCUGGGCAUCUGAUGCUGAUGAGGGUACAAAUGCAGACAUCACAUACACUAUUGAAGCAGAGUCUGAAAAUGUUAAAGAGAAUUUAGAAAUUGAUUCAUUGUCUGGUAUAAUUACUACAAAAGAAAGCUUAAUUGGUUUGGAAAAUGAGUUUCUGACCUUCUUUGUUAGAGCAGUUGAUGGUGGAUCCCCCAAAAAAGAGUCAGUUGUUCCUGUCUAUGCUAGAAUACUCCCACCAGAAUUGCCUCUUCCAAAAUUUUCAGAGCCAUUUUAUUCUUACACAGUGUCUGAGGACAUUCCAAUUGGGACUGAGAUAGAUGUUAUCAAAGCAGAGCAUAAUCAGACUUUAGUGUAUAGUCUCAUUAAAGGGAACACUCCUGAAAGCAAUAGAGAUGAUUUUUUUGUGAUUGACCGACAGACUGGAGAGUUGAAGCUCGAGAAGAAUCUUGAUCAUGAAACAACUAAAUGGUACCAGUUCUCAGUUCGAGCACAGUAUGCAAAUGAAGAUUAUAAUGUUGUUUCCUCAGUAGAGGUAAGCAUUCAGGUAAAAGAUGCAAACGAUAACAAACCAGUCUUGGAGUCCAAUCCAUAUGAAGCAUUCAUUGUAGAAAACAUGCCAGCUGGAACAAGAGUCAUCCAGGUUAAAGGAACUGACUUAGAUUCAGGACUCAAUGGGCAGGUUACUUACAGCUUGGAUCCUGCUCAAGAACUAGACAUUAUAGAGUCUUUUGCCAUAAACAUGGAAACUGGCUGGAUUACCACUCUCAGAGAACUCGACCAUGAGGAACGAGACAAAUACAAAAUCACGGUGGUUGCAUCUGAUCGGGGUGAAAAAAUUCAGCUGUCUUCUAUGGCUGUGGUUGAAGUUACUGUUACAGAUGUGAAUGACAAUCCUCCACGCUUUACUGCAGAGAUAUAUAAAGGAACAGUCAGUGAGGAUGACCCUCCUGGUGGGGUAAUUGCCAUCUUGAGUACAACUGAUGCUGAUACAGAAGAAGCCAAUAGACAAGUCUCUUAUUACAUUACAGGAGGUGAUCCCUUGGGACAGUUUGCUAUUGAAAAUAUACAGAAUGAAUGGAAGGUCUAUGUCAAAAAGCCUCUGGACAGGGAAGAAAAGGAUAAUUACCUUCUAAAUAUUACAGCUACUGAUGGGACCUUUGCAACUAAAGCUGUGGUGGAGGUUAAAGUUCUUGAUGCUAAUGAUAAUAGCCCUGUUUGCGAAAAGGCGUUGUAUGCUGAUUCUGUUCCUGAGGAUGCCCUUCCUGGCAAACUGAUACUGCAGGUAUCUGCUACAGAUGCAGAUAUUCGUUCUAAUGCAGAAAUUACUUACACACUGCAUGGCACAGGAGCAGAAAAAUUCAGACUCACUCCAGACUCAGGUGAACUGAAAACACUAAUGCCACUUGAUCGUGAGCAGCAAGCAGUUUAUUAUCUUCUAAUGAAAGCCACAGAUGGAGGAGGAAGAUUCUGCCAAGCUAAUAUUAUUCUGACUCUGGAAGAUGUGAAUGAUAAUGCCCCAGAGUUUACAGCUGAUCCUUACUCUAUUACAGUAUUUGAAAACACAGAGCCUAAAACCCUUUUGACAAGAGUGCAGGCAACAGAUGCAGAUGCAGGGGUGAACCAUAAAAUCCAUUAUUCACUGGUGAACUCUGCAGAGGGCCAGUUCUCUAUUGAUGAAUUCUCUGGAAUUAUUCGGUUGGAGAAGCCUUUGGAUCGGGAAUUACAAGCUGUGUACACUUUGACAUUGAAGGCUACAGAUGAAGGUUUACCUAGACGACUGUCUUCAACAAGUAGUCUUAUAGUUUCUGUUUUGGAUAUAAAUGAUAAUCCACCUGUAUUUGAGCAUAGGGAGUAUAGUGCAAGUGUAUCAGAGGACAUUUUGGUUGGAACUGAAGUUCUCCAGAUCUAUGCUGCAAGCAGGGACAUCGAAGCCAAUGCUGAAAUCACAUACUCAAUAGUCAGUGGGAACGAACAUGGAAAAUUCAGCAUCGAUUCAACAACAGGAGCCAUUUUUAUCAUUGAGAGCUUGGAUUAUGAAAGUUCUCAUGAGUACUACUUGACAGUGGAAGCCACAGAUGGAGGCACCCCUUCAUUAAGUGAUGUGGUAACCGUGAAUAUUAACGUAACAGAUAUCAAUGACAAUACUCCAGUGUUCAGCCAAGACACUUACACUGCAGUAAUCAGUGAAGAUGCUAUGCUUGAACAAUCAGUCAUUACAGUUAUGGCAGAUGAUGCUGAUGGACCUUCAAACAACCACAUUCACUACACAAUUAUAGAUGGCAAUCAGGGAAAUCCUUUUACAAUUGACUCUACCAGGGGUGAAAUAAAAGUGACUAAACUUCUAGACAGAGAAAAGAUUUCAGGAUAUACCUUGACAGUUCAAGCUUCAGAUAACGGAAACCCACCUAGACUUAACACAACCACAGUUAAUAUUGAUGUUUCUGAUGUAAAUGAUAAUCCUCCAGUAUUCUCAAAAGGAAACUAUAGUGUUAUCAUCCAGGAAAAUAAGCCUAUUGGAUUUAGUGUGCUACAGCUAGUGGUGACAGACAAGGAUUCUUCUCACAAUGGCCCUCCUUUUCUCUUCACCAUCCUGAGUGGAAAUGAAGAGAGCACUUUUCAGAUUAACCAGCAGGGAGUACUGACAACAACUGCCGCGCUGAAUCGCAAAGUGAGGGAUCACUAUUUACUUCAUGUUAAGGUGGCAGAUAAUGGAAAACCGCCGUUGUCAUCUUUGACUUACAUUGAUAUUAGAGUUAUUGAGGAAAGCAUUUAUUCUCCAGCAAUUCUGCCUCUAGAAAUCUUUAUCACAGCCUUUGGGGAAGAAUAUUCAGGUGGUGUCAUUGGAAAAAUUCAUGCAACCGAUCAAGAUGUUUAUGAUACUUUGACAUACAGUCUGGACCCCAAAAUGGAAUCCUUGUUCUCCGUUUCCAGUACCGGUGGCAAACUGAUAGCACAUAAAAGGUUAGAUGUAGGACAGUACCUUCUAAAUGUCACUGUUACAGAUGGAAAAUUUACAACUGCAGCUGAUAUUACUGUACACAUCAGACAAAUCACACAAGAUUUACUAAAUCACAGCAUUGCAAUACGCUUUGCGAACCUUGCCCCUGAAGAAUUCAUCGGUGAUUACUGGCGCAAUUUCCAGAGAGCUUUAAGAAACAUCUUGGGCGUGAGGAGAAAUGACAUCCAGAUUGUUAGUUUGCAGCCUUCUGAUCCUCCUUCAAAUCUUGAUGUCCUCCUGAAUAUUGAAAAGUCUGGUAGCUCUCAGCACCCAAUGAGAAUUCUGCUCCACAAGAUAAACUCUUCUGUGCCUGACCUAGAGGAGAUUUUAGGUGUCCGGAUAAUUGAUGUUUUCCAUAAGCUUUGCGCAGGCCUAGAUUGUCCUUUGAAAUUUUGUGAAGAAAAAGUAACAGUGGAUGAGAACAUCAUGUCAACCCACAGCACAGCCAGGCUGAGUUUUGUCACUCCCCGUCAUCACAGAACAGCAGUUUGUCUUUGUAAAGAAGGGAAAUGCCCCUUGGUGAAUAGUGUGUGUGAAGAAAACCCGUGCCCUGAAGGUACCGAGUGUUUAGGAGAUCCAAAGGAAGGAAAAUAUACCUGUGUGUGCCAAGACAGCAAAGCUGGACAGUGUCCUGCAUCAGCUGGCUCUGCUGUGACAUUUACUGGGAGCAGCUAUGUGAAAUACCGUCUCAUGGAAAAUGAGAACAAAGAGGAAAUGAAGCUGACAAUGAGACUUAGAACUUACUCUGCUCAUGCAGUUGUUAUGUAUGCUCGAGGAACAGACUACAGUAUCUUAGAGAUUCACCAUGGAAGACUGCAAUAUAAAUUUGACUGUGGCAGUGGACCUGGGAUUGUCUCCGUUCAGAGCAUUCAGAUUAACGAUGGCCAGUGGCAUUCAGUAUCUCUCGAAGUGGAUGGAAAUUACGCACGACUUGUUCUGGAUAGGGUGCAUACUGCCUCUGGUACUGCUCCUGGUACACUUAGGACACUGAACCUAGAUAAUCAUGUGUUUUUCGGUGGUCAUAUUCGGCAGCAAGGUACAAGACAUGGUAGAAGUCCUCAGGUUAGCAAUGGUUUCAGAGGCUGUAUGGAUUCUGUUGUACUUAAUGGACAAGAGCUGCCCCUGAACAGUAAGCCACGAAAUUAUGCACACAUGGAAGAAUCUGUAGAUGUGACUCCUGGGUGCUUACUGACUACCACAGAAGGUUGUUCAAGCAGCCCAUGCCAGAAUGGAGGCAUCUGCAAUGCACUGUCAAAUGGAGGUUACUACUGCAAGUGUGCACCUUUGUUUAUGGGAACUCACUGUGAUGUAAGUGUCAACCCGUGUGCUUCCAACCCCUGCCUUUACGGUGGUACUUGCAUCCCGGUCAGUGAUGACUUUAUCUGCCAGUGCCGAGGACAAUACACAGGCCAAAGGUGCCAGCUGGGUCCAUAUUGCAAAGACAAUCCUUGUAAAAACAGCGGCAAGUGUAUUGACAGUUUGGAUGGACCUGUUUGUGAGUGUGAAGCAGGCUUUCGUGGAGAAAGGUGCCUGACUGAUGUCGAUGAAUGCGUAGAAAACCCGUGUCUUAAUGGCGCCCUUUGUGAGAAUACUUAUGGUUCAUACCACUGCAAUUGUAGCCGUGGAUUUGGAGGAAAACACUGCACAGACAUUGUUCUUAACAAAUACGUUUCAACAUCUUGGAACAUUAGCUUAGCUGAAGUGAUCGGGAUUAUUGUUUUCAUCGCAGGAAUAUUCUUGUUGGUGGUCAUUUUUGUUGUUUGCCGCAAAGUGAUUAGUAGAAAGAAGAAGCACCAGCCAGAACCUGAAGACAAGCAACUGGGAGCUACAACAGCUUUCUUGCAAAGACCUUAUUUUGAUGCAAAAUUGAAUAAGAACAUCUAUUCUGACAUCCCACCACAGGUUCCUGUUCGUCCCAUUUCGUACACUCCAAGCAUUCCAAGUGACUCCAGGAACAAUCUUGACAGGAAUUCUUUUGAGGGCUCUGCUAUCCCUGAGCACCCAGAGUUUAGUACUUUUAACCCAGAUUCUGUACAUGGUCACCGGAAAGCUGUAGCUGUUUGCAGUGUAGCACCAAAUUUGCCACCUCCACCUCCCUCCAACUCUCCUUCAGACAGCGAUUCCAUACAGAAACCCAGCUGGGAUUUUGACUAUGACACUAAAGUAGUAGAUCUUGACCCCUGCCUUUCAAAAAAGCCUCUGGAUGAAAAGAACUCCCAUCCUUACAGUGCUAGAGAAAGCAUGUCUGAGGUCCAGUCUCUCAGCUCCUUCCAGUCUGAGUCAUGUGAUGACAACGCUUCCGUAGUGACUGUAAUACACCUUGUCAAUGCUGUUGUUGACUCGGUGGAAAAAGAAGAAUCUUUUGCUGUUCCUGACCUCAGCAAUUCAAGAGGUUAUCACUGGGAUACAUCAGACUGGAUGCCAAGCGUUCAGUUGCCAGGUAUCCAAGAGUAUCCAAAUUAUGAAGUGGUUGAGAAGUCAGUUCCUCUCUACACGGAUCCAAACGCCAUCGAUACAGACUAUUACCCUGGCGGUUAUGACAUAGAAAGUGAUUUUCCACCUCCACCGGAUGACUUCCCUGCACCUGAUGAGCUUCCACCAUUACCACCAGAAUACAGUGACCAGUUUGAGUCAAUACAGCCACCCAGAGACAUGCCAGCCGUAGGUAGCUUGGGUUCUUCUACAAGAAGCAGGCAGAGAUUUAACCUUAAUCAGUACCUUCCCCAUCACUACCCUGCAGACAUGUCCGAACCUCAGACCACAACCAGUGGCGUCAGCGGCAGUUACAGAGAACCUUACGCUCCUUACACAUUAGGGUACAAUAGAGACUUUGAAGCACCCACUGUAGACAACAUGUCCAUGUCUGUGUAUGCUUCCACAGCUUCAUGCUCUGAUGUGUCAGCAUACUCUGAAAUAGAGCCUGAAGUCAUGAUGAGUGACUAUGAGAGCGGAGACGAUGGUCAUUUUGAAGAUGUGAAAAUUCCUCCACUUGAUUCCCAGCAACACACAGAAGUCUGA